AACGACAUUGAUGCAACCAACUGGAAUAGUGCACGUGUGUACUAUACCAUCCGUCCACUCACUCACAUGGCAGUCAGUAUGUAACACAGCCUUGUGCAGUGGGUGCACCAGAACACCCACAGAACGGGUCAGUCAGUAUCUAGAAAAGACACAGGAGGCUGCCCCUGCCCCUGCCCCCCCUCGCCAGCUGGCUAACUUCGAGCGUCGCCCUUGCCCUCCUUGUCCUUUUCCUUUUCCUUCUGCUUUUCUUCUCGUCUCUUCUGCAAUUGAGACCUGACACACCCACACCCACAACAAAGCAAGGAAUGGAUCAGGCACAUGAUCCCGUUUUGCGUGCACGCGUGUGUGUGUGCUGUUCACCUAAGGCCCUCGCGUGUCUGUUUUUUCUUGUCCACCAGCUGGGACCUCUUGCUGCACACACAAGACAACAAAAAGGAGGCCUCCAUGGCAUGGCAUGGCAUGUAUGGUGUGGGUAGGGUGGCUGGCUGACUGACUGGGUGGGUUACUACCUCUCGACGUCUCUGUGGAGGUCGUUGGUGAACUCCCUGCCCGCCUCGUCCAGCAGGGGGCAAUCGAACAUCUGCCUCACCGCACCUUGCAUACAGACAGCCACACACACAACAGGGACGUUGGCACGGUCGAUGUAGUGCCAUGCCAUCGAUGCUCGCUCACCGCUCGGAAGGGGAUUAGGUGCAUCGUCAGCUGCCGUAGCGCUGGACGACUGUCCCUCCAGUGACCUCUGGGCCCCCCUCUCCCACCGCAGCCUCUGACGUUCGAGCUUCAUGCUCUCUGACAUCAUCGUGCCCCUGAUUGAGGUGAUUCCACAAAGACACACACACACACACAGAACAGCCGUCGUCAGUCUGUCAUUCUUGCUUGUGCGGAGGUGUGAUGUCUGUUGUCAGCUCACCCCUCAAUCUGCUGCUCCAUCUUCUUGGCGUCUUCGGCGUACUUCUCGUAGAGUUUCUGGUCGAAGUCGACCAAGGCGCUGACGCCCAUCAUGUCCUUGCCAUUAGCCUCACCUCUCACUGCGCGCACAGAACACAGCACAACAAACGUCGCCACAGACACGUUGCGUUGUGUUUGUGUUGGCUGAUGUACUCACUGAUACUUUCGUAUAUGAGUGCCUUCUCCUCGAGCUUCCUCCUGCUGUUGGUGAAGUUCCUGGCUGUCCGCUCCUGCUCCUUCUUGUCCUUAGCCUCGCGCGCCGCCACACCCUCGUUCUUCUCGUCCAACAGCAACUCCUCCCGAGUCCGAAACUGACGAUACACAUGUGUCAUCACCAUCAUCACCACACACAGUGAUACGUACAGCUUCGUUGCUUGUGCGCAAACCGUGUCUCUGUUCUCCGUACCUUUUUCGUUGGUUUGGUCUGCGUUGACCCUGUUUCCAGCUGGCGCUUCUUGGCAGCUGACUCCUUCUCGUACACAGCAGCCCGCAGGGCGCCCAGGGACGCUGAGGAUACGUCGAUGGGCUUGGCCGGCUUGGGGAUGAGCGCAGACUCGGACAACCACCCCAGCGACAUGAUCGGUGCCCUGAACGAACGGCAAUCAAACUCUGUCAAGAGGAAGAGCCUAUCACGGAAGCUCCCACAGCACCGAUUUGAGGAAG